AUGCAACGGAGAAAGUCUCGCCACAGCUCUGAAGGCGCUAGCAGUUGUCUCUUGGGCACCAACGAACGCACCAUCAACAUUGCGUAUCCGGAGCCAAUCACUGAAGUUUCGGAAACGGAGGACGGCCCGAAGAAAGAAAUGUUGACACAGAAGAUCCUGUACAGCAACACCAAUGCCCACGUCCCACAGGUGCCCGGACUGGGCACCACCGUGGAUCUAAAAGCCGUGCAGAGACUACAAAUUUGUGCCUUCAACCCUCUUCACUUAACCAGGAGCCGCGGGGAUGCCUUGGCCAGAGCGGAGCGCCUGGAUGAAGGAAUAGUAGACGCCCCUUAG